AUGCCACUAACGCCCCAGCAGCGUCGCAAGUCGCGCAACAAGGAGAUCCCCCUCAACUUGAUUCAGACCUGGCAGUGCCCUGGCAGCGAAGGGCCAAGGCCUGUCAUUCGUCGUCCAAUCACGGCGUGUGAUGCAUGCCGGGCUGCAAAGGUCAAGUGCACCGGGCUUCAGAAUGCCUGCGACAGGUGCACCGGUCGGGGCCUCCCCUGCAAAUACACCACCCCAUCCACUAGUUCGUGCUCGACGGCUUCAUCUGCGAGUCCUCCUAAUACCUCGUCAUCGACGUCAUCCAAUCACCGGUCUCCUGCGACGGCGGCGACCUCGAUCUCGGGAUCCAAUCCAUCCGACAAUAUGUCGAUGGAAUGGGCGCUUGACACCGCUAACCCGCGGACCCUUGAUGAGCCACCCAGGCAUGAGUUCAGUGCGACGGUCGACUGGUCAAAGGAGAUGUCUGAUCAGCUUGUCGACUGGUCGACGCUAGAUUUUAGUCAAAACACUAUCGACCUGAAUAGCCUCGGUACGGGGGGCAUGGAUGUGUUUACGCCGACGGCACAGCCAACUCUGCUCACAGGACAGAAUAGCACGUCUACCGUCAACCCGGCGUACAUGUCCGUCCCCGGCGCAUCACGCUCCAGUCCACCGCUCCAAGGAACCUGCCAAUGCCGUGCAAACCUCAUGGCUCAAGUUCCCGAAGUCAAAGAUGCGAUGCAACGGAAACCCCAUCCGGAACUUGACCGGAUCUUCAAGGUGACCGGCAAUGUGCUCUACGCGUGCCGCGAUCUGGUCGGAUGUCCUACAUGCCAGAUCAACUACGCCGACCUCGUCUGCGUCAUGGCCGUGCUUCAGCAAACCGAGGCUUGCUUUGAGCACAUAGCUAAAGAGGGACUGUCGACAAGCGCCAUCCGUGUAAGCGUUGGCGAUUACGAGGUCCCGAUCGGCAACGAAAGCAAGCUGGGCCAUAUCCUCGUGAUGGAUCUAGUGGCCCAAGCGAACUGUCUACUGAAGCUACUGCGCAAACGUAGUCUGACCCUGGUGCAAACCCAGCCAGCCGCUCAUAGUCGGCUUGCACAGCUGAAUAUGGAGUAUCUGCAGGAAGUAGUCAAGACUUUUGGGCAGACAUUGCACACGAUCGCAGACUCUUUUGAUCAGGCGGGGGAUGUCAACUCAGAUGAUUGA